GUGGGAGGUACACUUGCCAGUGUUGAAGGGCGACUUUCAGCUCUGUGCCUCGAAGACUAUGCAGUACUGGGGUUCCAAUUCAGGCCUCCACAAGCAAAGCAUAUACUCAGUUCAUUGAACUCUGUCUCCAGCCCUAUAUGUAUGUGAGUUCUGGUGAACAGUAAGCAGGUUCCGGAGCUAUAAGUGGAUUCCCCAAAAGAUUGUCCAAAGAAAGAAAUUGAAAACUGAGGCUUCAAGCUCCAGAGAAAUUGUACCCUACCAGAAAGGGACCAUGGCUGUGGCCCUGGGUUGUGCAAUUCAAGCCUCCUUGAAUCAAGGCUCCGUGUUUCAGGAGUAUGACACUGACUGUGAGGUUUUCCGCCAGCGCUUCAGGCAGUUCCAAUACAAAGAAGCAGCCGGACCUCAUGAAGCUUUUAAUAAACUCUGGGAACUGUGUUGUCAGUGGCUGAAGCCAAAGAUGCGGUCUAAGGAACAAAUCCUGGAGCUGCUAGUUUUGGAGCAAUUCUUAACCAUUCUGCCCACGGAGAUAGAAACCUGGGUGAGGGAACAUUACCCAGAGAACAGAGAAAGAGUGGUGUCACUGAUUGAAGACUUACAGAGAGAACUGGAGAUACCAGAGCAGCAGCUUGAUAGGCAGGAUAUGCUCUUGGAGGAACUUGCACCAGUGGGAAUGGAACAUUUGACACCAAACAUCCACCUGGAUUCAUCCCCACUACAAGUAAUGGGAUCUGCCCCAGACGUUCCAGUGACAGAGGUAUGGAUUCCGCAAGCAGGGCCUCAAGAACUGAGCUUCGGUGCUGCUGGGGAAUGCCCAUCCUUUCUGGAUCCCGGAUAUCCAAUACCAAAGCUUGAUAUGACUUUCCCGUUGGAGAAUAGAGAAGAGGAAUGGGUGAAGGAAUUACAAGAAUCCAAAGAAAUUAAACAAUUGCUUGAUUCUAAGAUAGGUUUUGAACUUGGAAUAGAAAAUGAAGAAGAUGCUUACAAGCAAAAGAAAAUGGAGAAUAUGUACCCAUUCGUUGUUACUUUAGAGGGGAAUUCUCUUCAUGGUCCCAUUUUACAAAAAGACUUUGAACAACUAGAAAAUCAGUGGGAAACACCCCCAGAGGAUUUACAGGCAGAUUUAACAAAACUUGUAGAUGACCAUACUGCCCAUACCCCCUCUAUCGGAGAGCAACCUGAGAGCUCCCAGGUAGAACCUCUCAAUCCUAGACUCCAUAAGAAGAAGAGUCCGGGAGACAAACCUCAUCGAUGUUCUCAGUGCGGAAAAUGUUUUGCUCGAAAGUCACAGCUUACUGGGCACCAGAGAAUUCAUUCUGGAGAAGAACCUCACAAAUGCCCUGAGUGUGGAAAAAGAUUCCUACGUAGUUCAGAUCUGUAUAGACAUCAACGACUUCACACAGGGGAGAGACCCUAUGAAUGUACUGUGUGUAAAAAACGAUUCACUCGGCGGUCACACCUUAUAGGGCACCAGAGAACCCAUUCUGAGGAAGAAACAUAUAAAUGCCUUGAAUGUGGGAAAAGCUUUUGUCAUGGAUCUAGUCUAAAAAGGCAUCUGAAAACACAUUCAGGGGAGAAACCUCAUCGGUGUCAUAAUUGUGGGAAAAGUUUUAGUAGACUGACAGCUCUGACAUUGCACCAGAGAACUCACACAGAAGAGAGACCUUUUAAAUGUAACUAUUGUGGGAAAAGCUUUAGACGGAGACCAAGCCUUGUUAUUCAUUUAAGAAUUCAUACUGGGGAGAAGCCAUACAAGUGUAGUCAUUGUUCUAAAACCUUCCGGCAGAGAGCAAGCCUUAUUAUGCACCAGGUCACUCACUUUAGAGGACUUCUUUAGGAAUCAUUAAGGGAAGCUGACACUCAGAAAAACCCACAAAACUUCAAUAGCUUAUUUGUCUUGGAAAAAACUUUGUUUGAACUCAUAAGAAGGCCUUUUGUACUUAUUUUUAAAGCCCAUCUUUGGAAGCAUGUGAGUUCACAAGAGUAUUCACCUACUUACUGUUGUAACUUCCUAGAUUUGAUUGUGCUGUCUCUACAACUCUUAUUUUUUAUUACAGUGAACUUUUUUGUGUGUGUUCCAUAUUAUAGAUGUAAACAAUACAGCAUGUAAAUGAUGACAGUCUUUUUCAAAGUAUAGUCAGUAAAAUGGAUAAUCACAACUACCUGAUUAUAUCUGUUAAAAUAGCACCAUAAAUUUACUGCUGUUAUAUGAAUAAUGUCAUAUUAGUCCAAUAGCUUAUAUGUCACAAGUAUCAAGAAAUAAUAAGACAGUAGUAUUUGUCAGACAAUAAAAAUGUGUCAGGAACACAAAUUUUGAAGGUGGUGCCAUUUUCCUGGCAUUAACUUUGUUAUUUUCAUGGAAACUGUUUAUAUUGAAAAAAGUUGUGAUUUUACUCUUUACAUUUGAAUUUUGCUAAGUUUGCUAGUUCACUUAGUUGGCAAUCUGUGUUCAUGCUGUUUAAAGCUGAGACUUAAAUUGUCAUAUAUUGUUCAGAGUGUGUUCUAUAUGGAAGAAUCCACUUGAUAAUUGAAAUUAUAUGAAUAGAGAAAACUUGCACACUGUAUUUUUCUCUCCUUUGAUAUUCAAUCUUGUGUCAGCAUUUUUCAAUUUUUUGUUCCUUAAUUCAGUGUCUCUUUGUUUCCUAUUUGAUUACAUGCUUUUCAGUAAGUGCUUUUAAAGUGUUUCCAUUCUAUAAUUCAGUGUCUCAUUGAGUAUACUUCUUAGAACACAAGUUCUACAAGAUAUUUUACAAAUAAGUUUGGGGUCCCUAUG